GGCUCGGGACAGCGCGAGCGCUGCGCGAGCCGGAGGCCACUCGGUCGAUUUAUCCAACAAGUGUCUGUCCGUUUCUCUCUUUCUCCAACUCUCUCCGGGACCGCUCAACGAUUUGUCUCUCCCUUUGAAAUGUCAGUUAGUUUCAUUCAAACGACAGCGGAACGGAGAAACGUGUUGACAUAAACCUUGUUUGUUUAUUGACCAGACGCGCCAACGUUUAGGGAAUAACUGAAGAUGGCGAUGUGCUUGUUAAAACGUUUGCGGCGUCCCGGUCGUUAAAGUGUCAGCAGUUGUCAUUUUCCUUUUGUUAUCUUUAUUUUAAGUUGUAUUUUAGUUGAAUUAAUUUAAUUUAGUUACCACUAGCCACAAACGACUCGGUAAAGAGGUGUGUUGGCGGACAGAGUUUUGACUGGAAAGUAAUGGAAAAUGAUGAGCCUGCAUCACCGGACCCGAGCCAUGACAGCACUCAGAGUAAAAGAGGAAGUCCAGUGCACAAGAAAUCCCAUCUAACUCAGAUUGAGGUGAUCCCAUGUAAGAUCUGUGGAGAUAAGUCUUCAGGGGUUCAUUAUGGAGUUAUCACUUGUGAGGGCUGCAAGGGCUUCUUCCGCAGAAGUCAGUCCUCCAGUGUGCAGUACUCCUGCUCCAGACAGAGCAACUGUCCUAUUGACCGUGCCAGCCGUAACCGCUGCCAGAGCUGCCGUCUCAAAAAAUGUGUCGCUCAGGGAAUGAGCCGUGAUGCGGUGAAGUUUGGCCGGAUGUCUAAGCGCCAGAGAGACUCUCUGUUUGCAGAAGUUGAGAGACACCGGCAGCAGCAGCGUCUUCAGGCCAACUCAGUCCAAGAGCCCCAGCCUCUUCCAGCCUACCGAUCCAGCAAAGAGCCCAGAGAACAGUCAUCACAUCUCAUCCCACCUCUACCUCCAGCUUACCCUUACUCUGUAGAGCCUGAACUGCAAGGCUGCCCUCCAGAGAUGCAUCCAUACCUGGAGUGUCGCAUAGGCGAGGCCCAGGCUCAGAGUCUGGCCUACAGGGGCUCCCACAGGAGAGGUGAGAGCAACAGCUUGUCAGCUGGGAGAGGAUUUGACUCCACAAGGUCUACACCAGAGGCUAUUCUGAACAUGAGCGGCAGUGAAAUGGGUAUUCGUCCUUUUGACCCUGAGAGCUCGUUCUUUUCUUACCCAACAUCUCUGCACAUAGAGGAGCUCUCUGCAAGUAUCGUGCGUUCCCACAGAGAGACGACUCAGUAUCGACCGGAGGAGCUGCAGGCUCUCAGAUGGAAGGUUUUUAGCAGGGAGGAGAUCCACGCUUACCAGAGCAAAUCGGUGGAUGAGAUGUGGCAGCACUGUGCAGUGCGGUUGACAGAUGCUGUUCAGUACGUGGUGGAGUUUGCUAAACGUAUCCCAGGAUUCCGCCAGCUCUGUCAGAAUGAUCAAAUUGCUCUCCUCAAGAGUGGGUCCAUGGAAGUGGUUCUGGUCCGGAUGAGUAGGAUGUUUAACACAGAAAACAACACAGUAUUCUUUGAUGGCAAAUUUGCAGGAACAGAACUUUUCAAAUCCCUCGCAUGUGGUGAUCUGAUAGCUGCUGUUUUUGACUUUGCUCACAAUCUGUGUGCGCUGAGACUGACUGAACAGCAGAUGGCAGUUUUCACUGCACUGGUCCUCCUCAAUGCAGUAGAUCGACCGUGUCUGGAGGACAGAGAUCGAGUGCAGAGAGCCAGGAGAGAUUUGGAGCUCGCCCUUAAUCACAUUCUGCACAGAGACAAUCAGGAGAGUCUACUGCAUAAGCUGUAUCAAAGAGUCCCAGUGCUGAAGUCUCUGUGUGCGCUGCAUAUUGAGAAACUGCGAUGGUUCCGGCAGCUCUACCCUCUCACGGUGCAUUCUCUCUUCCCUCCGCUAUACAAAGAGCUGUUCGGCUCUGACACGGAUAUACAGACGCUGACCACUCAUUGAACACACACACAGGCACAUUUCAUUUGCAAAUUGUGACACCACACACACAGUUACAUAUAGUGUAUGCAAUCUAGAUCUAAAUAUAUUAUUUACCUGCUGAAGAAAUAAAAUCUAUUUUUGUAACUCUCAGAAGAACAGAAAAUAAUAUUAACAGACGUAUGCAGUAUUUUGUGCAAAUUCUAUUCUGUAGGCCAGAAGCAAAAUAUUACUACAAAUGCUAUUCAGUUUGAGUACUCUUAAACUUGAAUUUUAAUGUUUUUGAAGUUGUUGAUGAUCGUAGCUGGUGUAUAGGAGCUUUAGCUCUGAUCGUUAGAAUGUGAUUUAUAAAGCUGAUCGGUUUUGAGACCAGCAAACAGCAGAUUACAAAUGAUAUCUGCAGAUCUCAAAGCAUCAUUGAAGAACUGGUAGUGUGAUUUUCAAGCUUCUUUUACAACAUUAGAGUUCCCCCCUUGAUUUCUCAGGCAGUACAGACAGAGACAUGAAUGCUUAAUGACUUCUGCUACUCAUAGCCUAUUACAUUAUUGCAUUAAUUUAAAUCUAUUUUGACACCUUAUGUAUCAGCUUUUUUUGGUGUCUUGGCACUUAUAAUGCUUAUCUUUCAUUCAUGGAUCAUGUUUUUGAAUUCACCAUUCCCUUCAAACAGACCAUCUUAAGAUGUGAUUUUGGAUUUUCUCUGUGUAUUCAAUCAUUUGAAGAAUUAUCAGAUGGAUUUGACAAUAUUUAUGCUCAAAGGUCUAAAAAUGUAUCGAAUACUUCUAUGGAAUAAAAUAUAAUGCUCUUAUUCAAUAUGCUUGUGUAGACAUUUAGAUUGACAACAGUUCUAUUUUGUCUUAAUUGCACUGAUUAAUUUGUGGAAACCUAUAAACAAAUGACCAUAUGUUUAUUUGCAGGAGUAUGUGUGCUUUAUAAAUCUGUGUUUAUCAGAAGACUCUGUGCAUUUUUAUUUUUUUCUGUUCCAUGUUGUAUUCUGCAUCAACUUUAACUUAUCACUCAAACAGUGGAUGAAACCCUGUUAUUCUUUUGGUUUUGUUCUGUUUUGGAGCAUAAAUACUUGUUUGUAUUCACAAUAUCUGUUGUGUUGCUUUGCAGAAAAGGCCUAAAAUAAACUUCUGAAAAGUAUAAAGGCUGGGACUGUAUCCAGGAAAAAUA